AUGGCAAUACAAAAGGGUAUAGAGGGCCAAAAUGAACUUAAAAAAUUGAUAGAAAAAUACCCUUCUUCUAAAGCCAUCAAAGAUUGUGCAACCGUUGAUUACAAUGAGUUGGUUAAUUCAUUUUCAAGUUCUUUACGUGAAAUUGUUGAGGAUCCAGAUUCUGCAAACUAUGAUGCUAAAGUUGCUGGGGAUGGACCUCAAACAUGUGAAAGUGAUUUGGUUGAUGAAAAAAUAGUUAAUGAUCCUUCUAUUUCUACAUUGAAUAAUGAGAUGUAUUUUCUUAGUACCAUUGCAUUUCUUGCCACAAGUCAUCUUAACGAAUAA